AGCUGGCACAACCGUCAGGUGGCCGUUUCAUCGCAUUUCAGCGGGCCCUGAAUAUCUCUUUAUAUCGACAGACAUUAGAAGAGAGAAAACGUGGAGAUACAACUUUCGCCGUGAAUGUGGAAAAUGAAGAGCAGUUGGAUCUUUCUGUGCGCAGUUUGCUUUUGGUCCCCAAUUCAAGGAUCAUUUCGACCCUCCUCUUCCUGUCAAUGUUAUGGUAAAGCACAGUACUGCAAAUUGGAUCAUCUGGGACUGCACUGUGUAAACUGCCAGGGGAACACAGAAGGGCGGCAAUGUGAAAGCUGCAAGGAAGGAUAUUACCACCAGAGGGCAGAAGACAGCUGUUUGCCCUGCAACUGCAACACUGCAGGUUCUCAAGGACCAGUCUGCAACAAGGAGGGACGGUGUAUGUGCAAAGAGGGAAUUCAUGGGGACAAGUGUGACCGGUGUCAUGAUGGGUCUCCAGUCACAGUCAAUGGGUGUGAGCCUUUGAGGCUAAGCUGUCGGUCGCGUUAUAAUGGCCAGUUCACAUAUAAUACAGAGGAAUGCCUGCCCUGCUUUUGUAAUGGACAUUCAAAUGUGUGCACGUCAGCUAAGGGAUACUCCAUUCACAACAUCACUUCAACUUUUGAUCAUGGACCUGAGGGAUGGCAAGCUUCCACUGCUCAGGGUGUGAGUCCCUCACAAGUGGACUUCAGGUGGUCUCCCACCCAUAAAGACCUUGAGGUUAUCUCUAAGGAGAUCUUUCCUAUUUAUCUGUUUGCUCCAGCAUCAUACCUGGGGAAUCAGGCUCUGAGCUAUGGUCAGACGCUGACCUUCUCUCUUCGUCUGGACAGAGGUGUCCGUCGUCCCUCCACCUCUGAUGUUAUGCUAGAAGGAGCAGGUCUUAAGGUGACUGCUUCACUAGGGGACUUGAGAACUGUGGUACCCUGUGGCAAGAAAAUCGCUUACACAUUCAGAUUGGAUGAACAACCUGGAAGCAAAUGGAGACCACAGCUCACAUCCACAGAAUUCCAAAGGCUUCUGAGCAAUCUUACAGCCAUUAAAAUCAGGGGAACAUUUGGUGAAAAUGGACGUGGUUACCUAGACGACGUCUCACUGGUGUCAGCUAAACUGGGCCCUGGCACCCCUGCAGUCUGGGUCGAGAAGUGCAGCUGCCCUGUCGGUUAUGAUGGACUGCUUUGUGAGUACUGUGCCACAGGAUACAAGAGGCGUUUCCCCGGCCAAGGCCCCCGAAGCCCCUGUGAUCCAUGUUCUUGUCAGGGUGGAACAUGUGAUCCAGAAACAGGAGGAUGCUACUCUGCUGAUGAGAUACCAAACCUGCAGAUGUGCCCUAAAGGUUAUUAUGUCAACCGCCAGCAGUCUAGCUCCUGUCAGAAAUGCCCAUGUCCCGAGGAUGAGGCUUGCUAUGUCAUUCCCAGAACUCAGCAAGUGACAUGUGUCCGUUGUCCUCGAGGGACUACAGGCUCUCGUUGUGAAAUCUGUGAUGAGGGUUUCUAUGGAGACCCCCUGGGAGAGUACGGCCCUCCCAAACAGUGCCAGCCUUGCCAUUGUAAUGGCCACGUGGAUCAGAACGCUGUAGGCAACUGUGACCGCCGAACAGGAGAGUGUCGGAAGUGUUUGAAUCACAGCACUGGCCCUAAGUGUGAGAACUGUGAAGAGGGAUACCACCACAGUUACUCCACAGAGCCAUGCCAGGCUUGUAACUGCAACCGACAGGGAUCUGUGUCAAAUUCAUGCAGUGAUAAAGGCCAGUGUAAGUGUAAGGAAGGAUUUGAGGGACUUAAGUGUGACAUAUCGAUGUGUCCAUCCUGCUUCAGUCCAGUCAAGAGCAAGAUCGAGGCUUAUGCACGACAGCUGCGGGAAAUGGAGGAUUUAUUCAAAGGAAUUGGAAGUGGUGAUGUUUCAGUCAAUGAUGCUGAGAUGGAACGAGCCAUUAGGGCUGCAGAGGUCAUUUUGCAAUCCCUGGAGACCAGAGCAAAUGAACUUACAAAUACAGAGAAACAGCUUCAGAAUAAGCUGGCAAGCAUUAGCAAAACCCAGCUGAGAGAGGACAGAAGCAUAGAGGUUCUGUUAAAAACAGUGGAUUCUAUUAGAAGCAAAGAUCAGCAGUAUAAGAUGGAAGUUUCUGAAAUCCAGAAACUCAUCAGUGACAUCAGGACACAACUACAACAGGCCAAACAGGACAUCCAGCAGGCUGAGUUUCCCUCAGGUGAUGCGGAGGCAGGCACGGACACCUUGUCUUAUUUGGUUCAGAGAGCUGCUGAUCUCGCCAAGCAGCACCAAGGUGAGGCAGUGACGGUAGAGACUAUCGCAGCCAAUUCUUUGUCAGAGUCUGAGAAAGCCCUAGAUCUCAUACGUGGUGUCAUUGGCAGAGAAAAUAAGGUCAAAGACGAAGUCAGGGGCCUCAAGAGACAGUAUGAAGCAGAUGUAACUAAAGUGAGUGGCAUAGAGAGAAAGGCCAUUCAACUGAAUGAUGCAGCUGAAAAGGAGAGCAGACUGGCCCAGAACAUGCUGAAACAAUUAUCUGACCAGGAGAAGAACCUUCCAAAGGCUCUGAAGAAGGACAUUGCUGGUGUGGUUUCCAAGUUUGAUCAUCUAAAGGAUAUGGUGGAGGGGAAUUUAACAGCAUAUCAAGACUUUCAGAAAUACAUGCUUACUGAACAGAAAGAGACAGCUGAUCUGUUCAACCAGAACAAGUAUUUCCAACAGGUUCAAGACCAGCUUCUUGCCAGAGCAAAUGGUGCUGAAGCCCUCAAAAAUUCAUCUCUGGACAUCUAUGCAAACAACAUAGACAGCUUGGAAAAAACACUUGAGAAACUCAAAGGAUUUGAUGACCAAGUCAAUAGUAAUAAGGAUCUGGCAGAUGCAGCCAUUAGAAAACUGCCUACUAUCAACGCUACCAUUCAGAAAUCCAUAGCUGACAACAUUAAGACUCAGGACAUCCUGGAUGCAAUGUCUGGUCACUACAGAGAUGCUCUGGAUACUAUCGAUGCUCUUACAAAUACUGCACCCAAAUUGGAGGAAAUGUCUGGCUCCCUUCCAUCCUCUUCUGAUGUUUUGGAAACUGCUACUAAACUGAAAAAGGACUUGGAUGGACUGAAGACGGAGGCAUCCAUUACUAGGGACAGACUGAAUGAAGAGAAAAACAAUGCAAAGACACAGAUAACUCAAGCAAAAGAAGCUGUCAUGAAUGCUACGGGAGCACUUGACAAUGCAAAGAAUGCCAGGGAUGCUGUUAGUGACACUUUAAAAACAAUUAAUGAUAUUAUGGGUUCACUGGGAUCACCUGGCAUAGUUAAUGAAAAACGAGUAACUGACCUAGAAAGUGUAGUAGCUAGAAGCCGCAGUCGUGUGGAGAAGGAACUGAGGCCCAGACUCAAGGAGCUGGAGGAGAAAGAAGCCCAACAGAGAACCACCAUCGCGAACAUGAUCAAUGACAUUGACACCAUCCUGGCAGACAUCGCCAACUUAGAGGAGGUCCGUAAAAGCAUUCCUGAGGGCUGUUAUAACAUACCACCUAUUGAAAGGCCUUAAUGGCUUACUGUAAUGUAGGAUCAAAGCACAAAGUUAUACAGUUUAAAGUAGCAAAUGUGCUAUGAAUACUGACACUACUGUACUUUUAAAGUAGUGUUUUUUUUAUUUCCGGCCAUAAAAGAUUUUGUACUGAUGUGUGAGAUUGUUCUAGUAUUUAUUUUUUUGCUUGUGUAGAAUGUUUUUUUUUUUUUGUUUUUUUUAUUAAAAAAUUAUUACUGUGAAGUUUGAAAUGACGUAAAUGAGAGUAAAUGAGUAGUUGCAUUUGGGUAAUUAAUAUAUAUAUAUAUAUAUAUAUAUAUAUAUAUAUAUAUAUAUAUAUAUAUAUAUAUAUACCACAUAUUUAAUUUGAUUGUCCCAAAUAAAAAGUUACAUCCAGUUACUACUAUUUCUAUUUCAGCAUCUAGUAAAAUAAUUAUUUUAAGUCAGAAAGAAAUGCACAACUAACAAUUUCAUUAUUGUGUAUUCUGUUUUGUUUUAAUUAAAUUCAGUAUUGACGUAAGGGCAUGAAUUGUUGUCAUGGCAGUAUACUGUUUCAGUGUUUGAAUGCUUAUUGAGUAGCCACUAUAAAGUAGAAAUAUAUUCAUAUAUAUUCUGAUUAUGCAGACACACUUAUACAUGCUUUUCAUUAGAGACAACUACUUUAAAAUAAAUAAAUAAUGAAAAGAAUAAAAUAACUUUGAGGGCCUAAAAUUAAGAUCUACAGUUUUAGCAUCUUAAAAACAGAGGCCUAACUUAAAAUCUUCACACAUGUUUUUUUUUUUAUGUAUACAGUGAGGUUAAAAUAAUUCAAUCUCAAUAACAAAAAUACAACAGAAAACAAUAUCAUCAACAACAUCCAUUUUGUUGCUAAUAAUUUUGAAUGAAGGCAUGAAGAUUGCAGGGAAGCCAUAAAGAUUGUGAUGAAGUAGAAAAGAAUACAGAAUGCCUAACCCAUGAAAAAACAUAAAAUAUAUGUGGUUUAUUUCACAUAAUCCUUUUAUUUUUGAAUUUAUAUAGAGAGUAAACACUAACCAGUCUUGAGGUUAAGUAUCCUAGUGAUUCCUGACACAUCAGUUGCUAUGGUUACAUAAUGCUUAUGAAACAAAAAUAAUUCAGUUCAUUUCAUACAAACAGUGAGGUAUUAAUGUGCAUUUAACAAUUGUUUCUAUAUGUUAGAGGAGUAUAAUCCAUUCAAAAAUGAGUUAUAAUGGAGUUAUUAUAUUUCUUGCUUUUUCUUUGAUAAUGUCCACAACCAACAACAAAUCAGCUACAAUAAACCUAGUCUUAGUGUACAGUUUUAUUUGAAUCUCAGAAUUUUAGUAAGUUUUGUAUUUGUAAAGAUCAAUAUUUAAACAAAUAUUUUUUUUUUAUUCCAUUAAUGAAAGUCUCAGGGUUCAAACCUGUCAGAGUGAAUAGAAUUAAACCAUGUUUCACAAGAAGCUUCAAUCAUAUAUUAUCUCUUUAUAACAUGAAGCAAUUCUGCUCAAGAUAUUCAAAGUGAAUUAUGUAAUAUAAACGUAAUUAUUGAAUGCCAGUUAUUCCUUGUCGUCAAAUAACAGCAAAAUAUUGUAGAAAAUUAACACUGUUGUUUGAAAAGGUUGUGGAAGAUGUGCAGUAGAUUGAACUUUUAUCUGACAGUUUGACUCAUUCUUUAUUUUAGAUUAUACAACAUAGGUCCGGUCUUUGAGUUUGAUUGGCUAUAACAGCACUUGGACGCUUUACUAUUUGUAUCAGUCCACUUGUCAGUGUUCGUGGCUUUUCAGGUAGUGUGGGGAUUUGAAUUCACUGCUAAUUUAUUUUAUUUUUUUCACUGAUUAAUUCAGUGACCAGUUCUGCAAACUAGAUAUUUUCACCAGUAGAUGAUGACAAAUUAGUGUCUUUUGUAAUGCAAGUUAGGCAUUGAAUCAACACCGAAUUGUUCACAAUGGAAGUGAACAAGAAUGAUUAAUUUACAUAGAAGAUUAAUUCAGAACACCGAUUCGGCCACGAACGAAACACCACUAGUAGUUCUGAGACCAGUGCAGAGACAGCAGUUAUUUGUGAUGCUUUGGCUUCUUUUGGAACUAUUUAUGCUGGCGGAAAAGAAAUGUAUGAACUACCUGGUCAAGUUUUGUUUGAAACAUAAGUUAUAUACAAUUAUGUAUUGUUUGUUAACUGUUCUAAUAAAGCUAAAAUCGUGCUAUUGG